GCUGACAGCUGGACGUGACGUCACGCUACUGGUAAAGUCUUUUCUGUCCCACGUUUCAUGGGCUUCAAGUUUACAAAUUUGAAGAAGCAGUGAAAUUUCAUCAAAAUGAAGAUAGGUUUGUGCGCAUUCAGUGGAUUCAAGAUUUACCCAGCGAGUGGUAAAACAUUAGUCAAAGCCGAUGGCAAGACAUUCACCUUCAUCAAUAAGAAAUGCGAGCGGUCCUUCCUGAUGAAGCGUAACCCACGCAAGGUAAAAUGGACGGUACUAUACCGGCGGAAGCACAAGAAAGGUAUCGUUGAGGAAGCUACCAAGAAGCGCACCCGCCGGACACAAAAGUUCCAGCGCGCUAUUGUCGGUGCUUCCAUUACUGAUAUCAUGGCGAAGCGUAACAUGAAGCCGGAGGUGCGCAAAGCACAGCGAGAUCAGGCUAUUAAGGUUGCAAAGGAAGCUAAGAAGGCCAAGCAGGCCGAGAAGAAAAUCAAGGCUCAACCAACUACUAAACAGCCAAAACAAAAAGCCGCUAAAGUUUCCCAAAAGUCUGCACCGCGUGUAGGAGGAAAGCGAUAAAAAAUAACUCCGUGCGUUUGUAAGAGUUGCUCUUAUAUUGUAUAAAAUAUAAAGAAACUUGAGGAGU